AUGUCAGCUGCAAAGCAAGUCUACAUUGCCGUUAUUGGCGCUGGUGGUGUUGGAAAAUGCUUCCUGUCCCAGCUCCAGGCCCUAGCUGCCCGCAAGCCUUCCCCCAAGCUGAACCUUGCCUAUAUCGCAACCAGCCGAAAAGCCCUCUUCAACGAUGAUUACUCCGCGCUCGAUAUCGGCAGUGCCGUCGACUCCCUUGCCGGAUCUUCCAAGAGCCCUCUGGCCCUCUCCCAGGUUGUCGACUACCUCGCCGCCGCACCAGCCAAGGCAGUCCUGGUCGACAACACCAGCUCCCAAGACGUCGCAGAGCUCUACCCCUUGGCCUUGAGCCGCGGCAUCAGCAUUGUGACUCCCAACAAGAAGGCUUUCUCAGGCUCCUACAAGCUUUGGCAAGAUAUUUUCUCCGCCGCCGCGUCUUCUGGUGCCAAGGUCUAUCAUGAGUCAUCCGUUGGCGCUGGCCUCCCUGUUAUUUCCACACUCAAGGACCUCGUUGAGACUGGUGACAAGGUUACCAAGGUCGAGGGUGUGUUCAGUGGAACCAUGUCUUUCCUGUUCAACUCCUUCGCUCCCACCGAGGGUCAGGGCGGCAAGUGGUCUGCCGAAGUGAAGAACGCCAAGGCUCUUGGUUACACCGAGCCCGACCCCAGAGAUGACCUGAAUGGUCUUGAUGUGGCUCGCAAGCUGACCAUCCUCGCGCGCCUGGCUGGUCUGCCCGUGGAGUCGCCCACCUCAUUCCCCGUCCAGAGCCUGAUCCCCAAGGAGCUUGAAUCCGUAGCAAGCGGCGACGAGUUCCUUGAGAAGCUCCCUGCAUUCGACCAGCAGCUUGAGGACAUCAAGGCCGAGGCCGAGAAGGAAGGAAAGGUUGUUCGUUUCGUCGGGAGCAUUGACGUUGCGACCAAGAGUGUCAAGGUCGGUUUGGAGAAGUUUGACCGUUCCCACCCAAUCGCCGCUCUCAAGGGCAGCGACAACAUCAUCAGCUUCUACACUGAGAGAUACGGGAGCAACCCACUCAUCAUCCAGGGUGCUGGAGCUGGUGGUGAGGUGACUGCCAUGGGUGUGACUGGCGAUUUGAUCAAGGUCGUGUCGCAGAUUGCAUAA